UGCUACACCUAACUUUCUCAGAAAUAGGUACUCUUUUUUAUUCACAGUUUUUAAACUCUACAAAAAAUGCCCGAUUUCUCUUAACAGCGUGAAGAUGCCUAUUUUAUAAGCUCAACAAAUUCCAGGUAACGGACCGUCAUAUGACCGCAGAGCAAAGCGACUGUUCGUUCUGUGGAAGUAAAGCUUUCCGUCACUUGUCAGGGACCAAACCCUCUCAGCCAAUUCCUAUGUAUUGUACUCUUUUGGUAUACUGUGUGGCCUGUGGUCAUGAGCCUCAGUGAAUGAAUAAAUGAUUCCCAACAUGAGCCCCCAGGAUAAUAUGAGCACCAACAGCACCAUGGUAGCGAGGGUUUAUCCAGAGCAAAGCCAGCAGCCUUCAUCUGCAGGUCAAUGUUCUCAAUCAAUUUCGAUUGAAAUGGCGGAAGGGAGCGGGGCGGGUUCGAGUCCACGACCUGUGGACGAAAAUAGCGCGGGCCGGACACUGGUGCUGUCGAAUUCAGGGAAUCGAAUGGAGGAGGGCGGCAACAGAAAGCUGUAUGUGAAGCAGGUGACUGGAAGGCACAACGAUACGGACUUGCACCUGGCGGUGAAGGGUGGGAAGCUGGAGCGUGUGAAGGAGCUGCUGAAUGGUUGUGAUGAUCCGGCGAGCCUGGUGAGUGAGGUGAAUGAGCUGGGGGAAACUCCAGUUUACGUUGCUGCGGAGCGUGGAUACUUGGAGGUUUUGGAGGAGCUUCUUCUAUUCGCCAAUCCAGAGACGCUUGUCAAGAAAAGUCAUUCAGGUUAUGAUGCUUUCCAUAUCGCGGCCAAGCAAGGUCACUCAGGUGUUGUGAAAGAGUUACUGAAACAUAAAUCCAGUCUUUGUAUGACUUGUGAUUUGUCAAAUGCCACCCCUCUUAUUUCUGCUGCAUCUAAGGGGCAUUCUGAAGUGGUUCAGGAACUGUUAUCCACUGAUCGUCAGUUGAUGGAUAUCUCCAAAAGUAAUGGCAAGAAUGCUCUUCAUUUGGCAGCAAGAGCUGGUUAUGUUGAUAUUGUCAAAGCACUGUUGGACAAGGAUCAACAGAUGGCCCGGAAACAAGAUAAAAAAGGACAGACAGCAUUGCAUAUGGCUGCAAAAGGAGCAACUUGCCUGGAAGUGGUGAAAGAGCUUCUAACUGUUGAUCCAGCUAUAGUUAUGCUACCUGAUAGGAAUGGGAAUACUGCUUUGCAUGUUGCUACAAGGAAGAAGCGAGUGGAGAUUGUUAAAGAACUACUCUCAUUAAGGGACAUCAAUGUGAAUGCAUUAAAUAGGACGACAAAAACAGCCUUGGAUUUUGCUGAAGAUCUACAAUCCUCAGAAGAAGCAGCUGAGAUAAUGGAUGCUUUGGUUAAUGCAGGUGCAGUUAAGGCCAAGAAUCUGAAUCAACCUAGAGAUGAGCUAAAACAAACAGUUACUGCUAUAAAACAGGAUGUGCAUCAUCAACUCAAGCAGACUCGGAGGACUAAUAAAAAAGUGAAUGGUAUUGCAAAAGAGUUGAGGAAGCUCCACCGAGAAGGUAUUAACAAUGCUACAAAUUCUGUGACUGUUGUUGCUGUUCUGUUUGCUACUGUUGCGUUUGCAGCUAUUUUCACAGUUCCAGGAGGUUUUGUAGGAGACAACAACAAUCAACCAUCACCCGGAACCCCCGCUCCUCCUAGUGAAGAUAAUGGAACAGCCGUUGUUGCACAUUAUUUUGCUUUUAAAAUCUUUUUCAUAUUCAAUGCAAUUGCACUCUUCACAUCCAUAGCAGUUGUGGUGGUACAGAUAACCUUAGUACCAUGGGAGACAAAAGCCCAAAGACAGGUGGUUUUUGUCAUUAACAAGUUAAUGUGGUUAGCUUCUGUAUGCACAUCUGUAGCAUUUCUUGCAUCUGCAUAUAUAAUUGUUGGUCGUCAAGGGCAAUGGAUGGCAAUCACAGUAUCAGCAAUAGGUGGUUUCAUCAUGGUGAGUGUUUUGGGCACCAUGACAUUUUAUGUAGUAAAAUUUCGAAGAAGCAGGUCAUCACAAAGGAGACUCCGAAGAAAUUCUUUGAGUCAUUUAUCAACAUCCUCCCGUAUAGAUUUUUCAGAAUCAGAACUGGAUAAUAAGAUAUAUGCAAUUUGAAUGUAUCAACUUUGCAUAACAAAUAUAUAUGCAUCCUUCAGUCA